CGAGCGGGUGACACGCUCGAUCAUGCUCUUCUGUUCGCUCAGGGAAAGUAUUUAAUUAGUAAUUCUAGUGGUAUUUUACUGGUAAUCACGUCGACUGUCAAUUGUGAAUUGUAUUCGUUUAAGGGAACGUGUUCGUAACCGCGCUCGUACGCGCCUCACCAAGGUCACGAGCUGCACGUUGGACAACAUGGCUGGACUGGUCAACUUUGAAGAUGAGAAGGAAGUGAAGCAGUUUUUGGAUAAUUUGGAAGUAGAGUACAGCUUCCAGUGCUACAAAGAAAACGACCCUGAAGGGUGCCAGAGGCUCUCUGACUACUUUGAGGGGGUGAAGGAGAACUACGAGUCUGCAGCAAAGGUCCUCAAGCACAACUGUGAAAGCAACGGUUACGGAGAGAGCUGCUAUAAACUGGGCGCGUACCACGUCAGCGGCAAAGGUGGCGUGACGGAGUGUCUGAAGACGGCCUACUCCUGCUUCAUGCGCUCCUGCCACUCCACCGGGAAGAAGUCCAUCGACGCGUGCCACAACGUCGGCCUGCUGGCCCACGACGGGCGGGCCCACGAGGGGGGGGCGGACGUGGCGGUGGCCCGUCAGUACUACGAGAAGGCCUGUGCCGGCGGCUUUGCCGCCUCCUGCUUCAACCUCAGCGCGUUGUUCAUCGAGGGCAACGCCAAGGGCCUGGCCCCGGACAUGAAGCAGGCGCUGCGCUACGCCGACAGGGCCUGCGAGCUGGGACACGUGUGGGGCUGCGCCAACGCCAGCCGCAUGUACAAGCUCGGGGACGGCACGCCGAAGGACGAGAAGAAGGCCGAGCAGCUGAAGGAGCGGGCCAGGGCGCUGCACGGGCUGCAGAAGGACCGGCAGCUCAAGUUCGGGGAGUGAACGAGACCCUUAAGAGUCGACCUCAGGCGGCGUAAGAGGUUCCAUAACAGAAGCACUUCGCCGCGCGGCGCCGUGUCUGUUUGUGUCACGUUCAGGGUUCUGUAGAACACGUGUAAUGCCGUUAGAAGGACUGUGAUUGGUAGUUAGGGUGUGAUGUCAUCACGUUGUCGCGUGCAUCGACCGUUAUCUAAAACUAUGUUUCAUCAUCAUUGUGUUUGUUAUUACGCAAAAUGUUAAAUGAUCGAUCUCAAGCACUUAGUGAAGAAACAAAUGUUUUUCCAAACUCGUCAAUUUAAUUUUGUUAUUGGAAUAGUUAAACUUAAAGAAUUGAGAGUAUUCAUUAUGCAGAUUAGUCCCUCGGAGUGUCAUAUUACAGUCGCUUUGGUACAUUUCUCAGAUUAGAAUUGAAAUUCUCUAAACUACCUGUUCAAUCUUCACAUCAUUGUGUCACUUGUGCAUCAAAAAAGUAGCUUCUCAUUUCUUUGAACAAGUUGCAAAUGCUUUGGUGCAUCCGUGCAGAUGGUCAUGAUGAGGUCAGAUGGUACAAUUCUCUGCUGUUUCUACAUUGUCAUGUUGAUCAAAAUGUAUUAUGGUGAAUAGUCUCACACUCCUUAACAUUUAGGCACUAGCACAUCGCAGAAGUCUCUUCAUGUAAAAUGGUUGUAUUUCUAUACAUUUCCAUUGGACUUAAAUUGGCAAACUGCUUUCAGGUGAAUCUUUCUUUAACGGAGGUGCGUCUCAUGAACCAUCAAAUGCCAAAUAUAUAUUAUAUGUCUGACAAAAGAAGGACCAGGAAUUGCACAGAGUCAACAGCCAGAGAGAAGAGGAAGAGGAGUUGGGAGGCAAAACAGAGGAAGAGGCAGAGAAUGUUUUUGAUGUUUUUUCUCCUGUCAGGUAGCGAUGAGCAAACGAUGUACGACCAUGAAGAAGUGAGUUAGACACAAUGGUUAAAAUGUGAGACUGAUGAUUUAAGAUGUGUUAUUAUAAGCGUACUAGCUAUUAGAUGAUAUUAUUAUGCAUCCUAUAUUAUGUUUACAUGAAGCUUUAAGCCAAAGGUGAGAUCAUUGAAUGUGCUGCAGUAUUAAUCAGGUCAGCGAGGGAUCUCAGAUGGAGCCAGGAGGAGUCAUGUGAGGCCUUCGAGCUGGAUGAGGGGACUUCUCUAUUUGGCAAAAUAAUAUUACACUAUUUAUACUUCAUUUCAUGUCAAACUAUAUUGCUUAUUACUUCAAUUCAUUUUGUAGAGCCCCAAAUCGCAAAUUACAAAUUUGCCUCAGAGAGCUUUACAGUCUGUACACAUACGACAUCCUCUGUCCCCAAACCUUCACAUCGCCACAGGAACAACUCCCCAAACAAUGUUCUUCUGUUAGUUAUUAAAUUCUUUAUAAUUUUACACUCAA